GUUUAUGCUAAUGAGGCCCGGUCAGUGAGUACUGGGGCAGGCUAGCGCUCACAGGGCAGCAGCGCGCCGAGUGCAGGACGUACCCGGGGCCCGGAGUCACACGGGGGAAGCCGGACUGGCGCUCGACGGAGACACGCGGGAUUACUAGAGCACUACACCGGAGCGGACCGAGUUCACCGAACCGACCGGAGCUUCGUUACCUUCCCAGCCAGGCCUCCGGGCAGAGAGAGCCGGCGGCAUGGAUCCUCCAGCCGGGGGAGGCGGCUAUGGAGGUGCACCUCCUGCUCCCACCAAGAGCACCAAGGAGAAGAAGAAAGUGAAGAACCCGGAGGACGGAGGAGGCGAAAAGUCCAAGAAAUUUACAUUUAAACGUCUCAUGGUAGAUGAGCUGGAACGAUUCACAAGCAUGAGGAUAAAAAAGGAGAAGGAGAAGCCUUACAUGUCCCACAGGAACUCUGCAAACUACACCGACAGUCCUCUGCAGAUCCUGCAGGAACUCAAUGAUGAAACUGUGCUGGAAUUGUUUGAACAGAUGCUGAAUGACAUGAACCUCAAUGAGGAGAAACAGCAGCCCUUACGGGGGAAAGACAUCACAAUAAAACGAGAGAUGGUCUCUCAGUAUCUGCACACUUCAAAAGCGGGUAUGAACAAAAGGGAGAACACAAGGUCUGCGCAAAUGUACAUCCAGGAUCUCAAAUCAGGUUUGGGGGAUGCAAACCUCCUGUCCUGUUUAGAAUCCCUGAGAGUUUCGCUCAACAACAAUCCAGUCAGUUGGGUGCAAAAUUUUGGAGCGGAAGGUCUUGCCUGUCUCCUAGAUAUUCUCAGACGACUACAAGAUGAACCGUCAUCCCAACGUGAUUUCAAGAGUGAACAUGAAAUCAUAAGAUGUUUGAAAGCGUUUAUGAACAACAACUUUGGAAUAAAGACAGUGUUGGAAGCAGAGGAUGGUGUUUUACUGUUAGCAAAAGCUGUGGAUCCUAUUGUUCCUGUCAUGAUGAUUGAUGCAUUGAAGUUGCUUUCGGCUCUGUGUAUUCUCCCACAACCUGAAGAUAUGCAUGAACGUGUCCUUGGAGCACUCACUGACAGAGCAGAAAUUUAUGAAAUGGAAAGAUUUAAACCUCUUCUGGAUGGGUUGAAAUCUGGCCCAGUUGCGCUUAAGGUGAGCUGUAUGCUCUUAAUCAAUGCCUUGAUCAGCCAAGGAGAAGAGUUGGAUUACCGGGUUCACAUACGCAGUGAAUUGAUGCGUUCAGGACUGAAUCAAUUAGUAAAGGAACUGCAAACUAUAGAGAAUGAUGAACUGAAGGUGCAGCUCAAUGUGUUCCUGGAUCACUGUGAAUAUGACUCUGAUGACUUGCGCGGUCGUCUGGAAGACAUUAGGGUUGAAAUGGAUGAUGUUCAAGAAGUCUUCCAGGUUCUGCAUAACACGGUGAAAGACUCUGCAGCAGAACAGCUGUUUCUCUCUAUCUUACAGCACCUCUUAUUGAUCAGAAAUGACUAUGAUGCCAGACCGCAGUACUACAAGCUGAUUGAUGAAGUAGUGUCUCAGAUAAUCCUGCACAAAAAUGGAGCUGAUCCCGACUUCAAAUGCAAACGUUUAAGCAUUAAUAUUGAAGGCCUAUUAGAUCACUUGAUUGAUAAAAAAAAAGUGGAAGAAAGCGAGUCCAGAGCUCGGGAUUUGGUAAAAAAGCUGGAUGUGGAAAUCACUGCAAGACAUGAGCUCCAGGCAGAAAUAAAAGCCAAAGAAGGUGACUUUGAGCAGAAGUUAUCUGAUCUUCAAGGAGAGAAACAGACCCUGGAUUCUGAGAAGCAGCAGGUUACCACUGAGAAGCAAAAACUGGAGACCGAAGUCUCUCAGCUUUCUGAGUCUGUUUCUAAACUGACAAAGGAGCUUGAAGAUGCAAAAAAAGAAAUGGCCACUAUGUCAGUCUCUACUGUUGUACCAGUUCCUCCUCCAGUCCCAGGAUUGGGUCCCACUCCUCCUCCCCCACCACCACCACCUCCCCUGCCAGGAGGAUUUGGAGGACCUCCCCCACCACCACCUCCUCUCCCUCCUUCCAUGGGAGGACCCCCUCCGGCUCCACCCUUAUGGGGUGGACCUCCACCGCCACCACCAUUUCCACCGGCUUUUGGUGGGGCUGCUCCUCCUCCACCGCCACCACUUCCCGGUGCUUCUGGUAUUCCUCCACCACCACCUCUGCCAGGAGCUCCCCCUCCACCUCCUCUUCCUGGUGGUUUUGGUAUGCCACCACCACCUCCCCCUUUCCCUGGUGGUCCUGGAAUUCCACCACCACCACCACCAGCUUUUGGAGGUCCCCCUCCUCCACCAGGACUUGGAGGCUGGGGUGCACCUGCAGUACCAACUCUACCCUUUGGAUUGGCACCGAAAAAAGAUUACAAACCAGGUGUGCAAUUGAAACGACCAAACUGGUCAAAGAUUACUCCCAGAGAGCUCUCGGAGAAAUCUUUCUGGACCCAGGCAAAAGAAGACCGAUUUGAGAAAGAUGAGCUGUUUGCAAGAAUAACCCUCACCUUUUCUGCACAGGCCAAGUCUUCUAAAGCGAAGAAAGAACAAGAUGUCGAUGAUACGAAAGCCCCACCAAAGAAAAAGGCAAAAGAAAUCAAAGUAUUGGAUUCAAAGACUGCCCAGAAUCUGUCAAUUUACUUGGGCUCAUAUCGUAUGCCCUAUGAGGAAAUAAAAAAUGUCAUCCUUGAAGUUAAUGAAGAAGUGCUGACAGAAUCUUUGGUCUCAAAUCUAAUUAAGCAGUUGCCAGAUAGUGACCAACUUCAGAGGUUGGCAGAGCUGAAGGAUGAAUACAAUGAUUUAGCAGAGCCUGAGCAGUUUGGAGUUGUGAUGAGCUCUGUACCCCGCUUAAGACCUCGCCUGAAUGCCAUCCUGUUUAAACUAGUCUUCAGUGAACAUGUUGAAAACAUCAAGCCAGACAUUGUGUCAGUCACUGCUGCAUGUGAAGAGGUGAAAAAGAGCAAAAGCUUUGCCAGCCUAUUGGAAAUGACACUGCUUGUGGGCAACUUUAUGAACGCUGGAUCCAGGAAUGCUGGGGCUUUUGGAUUUGACAUUGGCUUCCUCUGCAAGCUUAAAGAUACCAAGUCCGCUGACCAGAAGACUACAUUGUUGCAUUUUCUUGCUGAGAUCUGUGAACAGGACUAUCCUGAUGCUUUACAGUUCCCUGAUGAGAUGGUCCAUGUAGAAAAAGCCAGUAGAGUGUCUGCCGAAACACUGCAGAAGAACUUGGAUCAAAUGAAAAAACAAAUCUCUGACCUUCAGAGAGACAUUGAAACCUUCCCUCCUUCAAACAACGAGAAGGAUAAGUUUGUGGAGAAAAUGACUAUAUUUGUCAAAGAAGCCCAAGAGCAGUAUACAAAGUUAUGCAUGAUGCACGACAACAUGGUUUCCUCGUUUCAAGAGUUAGGAGGGUACUUUGUGUUUGACCCCAAGAAGGUCACAAUUGAGGAGUUCUUCCUAGAUAUGCACAACUUCCGAAACAUGUUUAUGCAAGCGGUCAAAGACAAUCAGAAAAGACGUGAAGCUGAAGAGAAACUCAAGCGAGCCAAGCUGGCCAAAGAAAAGGCAGAGAAAGAGAAACUGGAGAAACAACAGAAGAAAAAUCAGUUAAUAGACAUGACUGCAGAGGGUGAUGAGACUGGUGUGAUGGACAGUUUGCUAGAAGCCCUGCAGUCCGGUGCCGCCUUCAGAAGAAAGCGAGGUCCACGCCAAGACUCUCUCCUGUCCCUCAAUGAGGAGGAGGAGCGGGCACCAGACCUGCGAAUAGAAAAGCUGGCUGUGCCCUUACCUCGGUGCUAGCAUCCGAACUGACAAAGGAUGAUGCAUUAACAUCGGUGGGGGCUAAGAAGAAGAAAUCCAAUGAUGAAGACUUGAUUGGAAUGGACCUUGGUCAUGAAGAUACCACAGAUAUGCUCACGCGUUCAAGUUAACCAUGCAGUGUGAAAUAGACAUAUAACAGCAGAGAACGUGGGAGACUUCAAGGAAUUACAGAGAAGAAUUUCAACAGCAAGGCCAUUUACCAAAGGCUUGUGUCAAAAAGGAGAUGGGCUCUUUAGUCAUAGGAGGGUGGUGCUAAUCAUUGUUCAUUUUCUUGAAAUUUUUCUUUUAUUGAAUAUGUGGCAGGUGUUGGUAACAUAUACUUGCUAAGUGGUACAAUAAUGGGCAGGCAGUCACUGCAGCAAAGUACUUCUUGGCUUUUUGGCAUGAAGAACUCCACAUGCAAAAAAAGUUCUAGACUGGACUUAGACAACCUAACCAAAGUAUGAACUAGUGUAUCUACAAUUCUGCCUUAAUUCAUUCUUUAGCUUACCUCUUAAGGAUGGAGAAGAUCAAUAUCACUGUAAUGUAAAUUGCUUUUUUAUUUAUCUUGGUAUUAUUGUUAUUGCACAGUUCAUCUGCUGUCAUUGAUUAAUUUGGGUCUCAUUUAAUGGAUCCUUAUUGCUGGGAAAAUUUUUGUGACACAAGGCAUGUUCUAGUAUUUGAUCUGUAUGUGGUCUCUUGAAAAGUAGUUGAUGAUGGUACCUUCUUUCUGAGUCCUACGGUCAUUAGAUGCCAUAUUUGUCGUUUUUAGGCUGUUGGUUUUGCCUUUUUAUGGCAAGUAUCAUAUCUCAUACACGCCAUAAAUACCUCUAGAACCUAGUGAUGUAGUUUUUUUUUUAUGUUUACUGGGGACUUUGGGCUUACAAGUAGACCAUCUACCAAUCAUAUACUGUGUUCACAUUCGUCUUUUAAUCCCUGGUGGAUUGAAAGGGAACUUGGACUGGUGUGGUAUGCAAGCUGUGGUAUUCCAAACCGCUUCCGGCGAUUUCCGUCUUUACAUAUGUCAUUAGCAUAUCAGUCCUGUGCGAACUCUAUAUGGCAUGUUUUUCUUUUGCACAUCUUUUACUUUUGGAAAGGUAACUGUUUUGGAAAUUUUUUAAACAUUUUCUUGAAUGUAUUAUACAAACAACUGCAGGAAGAUUAUCAUCCCUACAAUGAUGCCCACAAGCAUUUGAUCAGCCUGGCAGCUUCAUCUUCUCCUAGACUAUUCAGUCGUCAUGGCUCUUACAUUCAUGUUCCAGUUCCAACUAAUAAAUAGCACAAAUAUCUAGUCAAACACUGCAAAUAAAAAGAGCGGAAAAUGUUUCCAGAAUGCUGUACGGAGACAUUUACAGUGGUGUUUUAUUUUAUACAUGAAUAUAUUGUUGAUUUAUAGGAUUAUUAUAUUUAGGAUUCUACAGUAUUUCUAUAUGAAAGCACGUGACAGUAAUAUAAUUUGAUCAUAGGCUUUUUUCCAUUGUAUCUUAUUAACGGUUGACCCACCUGUGCUGCAUCAGUACUAGAUGGGCUCCAUUAGAAUGUAUGGGCACCAUCAUGGCCAAUUUGUAUACCCAUUGAACUUCUAGGAAGACUUUUUCAUACUUAGAUCCAGUAAAUCUUUAGAGCUGCAACUUUUGUAGGUACAUUUUUGUGUGAUACAUAUAAAUAUGAACUGAACUGUAGUUAUGCUUAAACAAUAAUUCCAAAUAUAAGGAGUUUUUUUUAGUAAAAAAAAAAAAAAAAAGCUUGAAUACUGCUUUUCACACACAUAUCAGAUUCCCAUGGCACAUAGUCAUUAAAGGGGUUGUCUCAUCAUGGAAAAUGGGGGCAUAUCGCUAGGAUAUGCCCCCAUUGUCUUAUAGGUGCAGGUCCAACCGCUGGGACCCGCACCUAUAUCGAGAACGGGGGCCUGCAAGGUGGUGGCUGGAGGACUCCGGUCUGGCCACCAUCAAGCCGGCUCCCCAUAGAAGUGAAUAAGAGCGUACCGCGCAUGCGCGGACCCCGCUCCCAUUCAUUUGUAUGGUGCCGACUGAAAUUGCCGAGCCAGCACUCUGCUACUUUUGCCAGCCCCAUAGGAAAUGAAUGGAGGGAUGCUGCGCAUGCAUCCUAGCAAUAUGCCCCCAUUGUCCAUGAUGAGACAACCCCUUUAAGACACUUUUUUUUUAAAUCUUUUUUUUUUUUUUUUUAAAUAUUGAAUGUUUCACCAGUUAGAACAAAAAAUAGAAUGCAAUUUGAACACCAGCACCUACUAGAAGAGACAUGGAAAAUUGUGCUAAAGUGGAUAUGAUGCUUCAUAGCAAGGAAAGAGGUCAAACUACAUUUGCCGAGAAAAUUACCACAAUCGCAUUGUCCACUGAUUUCUCAAGAGGUUUUUAGUCGAGAAAUUGGGGUAUACUUUCUGCCCACCUUGGAUUUCUGUCACGAAUCCUCUUGUAAGCAUAUAUCGAUUUGCUAUAGACAAAUCCUCAGCAUGCAAACGUUACCUUAGUGUGUUUCGUGUCCACCCAAGCCCCAUUAUAAAGUUAUAUUCACACUAGAUUUUUAUUACCAUUUCUAAACAUCCGGGUAAAUAACUGUCCCUACUCUCCUUCAAACGAUGAAUAGAGGACAUGUCCUGAUGUAAAUUCAAUCUCAUUCUGUUUAGCACAUGUUAGGAUCUACAACGAGUAGGAUCUUUAAUUCAUAGUACUGAAUGUAUCCACUGCAUUGCUUCAGUGGGGGCAGCUUCUGAAAUAACUCUUGCCAAAAUCCUUCUGCAUAAGGAUCAUGCAAUUCAGGGGGGUUAUUCCCUGCUAUACAUCAGAAUAUACUCCUACUCGGAUUUACAGCACUUUGUAUACGUAUCUUUUAGUCUCUGGAACCUAUUUCCAUAUCACAUUAUCAUUCAUACUUUAGUUUUACAGAUUUUACUUUGGUGUUUUAGUUUGUCUCGGAUAUAUUUUUUCUACGUUUCUGAAUGUUCUGGGUGCUGGGCUCCCUGUACUUAAACAGCAUUGUAAAAUAGAUUAAUAGACUUUUAUUGAUUUUUACCCCAUAAGAACAUAGUUGAUGUAUGAUCAGUGGUGUUGAUUUAGCAUGUCUAUGUGAAACCACAUGUAUGCGUGUGAAGUGUUUUGUGGCUUUUGAUGGCGAGCGAUCUGACCAACUUUUUGAGUUUGAGUACGCCCAGUAAUUAGGUGAUUGCAUAAGUAUCAAUUCCCUAGCUGGGUCGGGAUGAACCUCAUAUUGUCACCUUGCCAUUUACAGCAGUUUAUAGUGUAAAAAUGUGAUACAGACUACAGACUGUCAUUAAGCAACCUAUAGUCUGCUGAAGGAUUGUCAGGGAACCUGUGGACAGUUGGAAGCCUCAAGUAGCUGCCCUUUGGCUGUUAUGCAUUUUCUGAAUGUGUUCGACAAAUGAUGUGCUCUUUAAAUAAAAUAAAACAAAUCCCCUUUGUUAUGGUGUCUUGUCUCCCUUUACGUUGAUCUUCCAGUCUUGCAAGGGGGGAUGACUUACCAUGUAUACCCGGUAACCCCCUGGUGCCUGCCCAGUGGGCUGUCAAUGCGACAAGUUUUAUCUUUUAUUUUACUUUGCUGCCGUGCUUAAUGAAGAGAGUGCUGCUAAUUUACUGAAGUACUCAGCAGCAUUAGGGACAUGUUUAAUAGCCUGGUGCCAAGAGAAAUCCACGUCCGUGUGGAAAGUCCAGUGACCCGUAACUCUCGCUUGCACCUUGUUAUUAGAUUCUUCCACCUUGCUGCCCAUGCCACCACGGCAGGCUGCCAUAUGUUUAUUUCUGACUUUAUUGAAGUUUCAUGUGAUUAUUUUAAAAUCUUACAUGCCAAACGUGGCAGGCCAGACAUCUCAUCCAUUUUAUAUAUAUUGCAUUAUACACUGUUUAUACCACUGAAAAUACCAUGUUUGCCUAGCUCAUUUUGGUCUCUUUUUCUGGGAAUUGUAAUCAUAUCAUAUUUUUGUCUAAAAUGUUAAUAAAACAAUUCAACUGUU